CACUUUCCCGCAAAUGCUUCCACGCCCAAGCCUCGACUUCUUUCCCCUGCUCCUUCAACUGGUCAUCUCCUCAGUUUAUUCAACUUCCCUUUAUUCUUUGUUGUUAUUCAUGUCCUCCUUUCCCUCUUCUCCAUUUCUCCUUCUUCUCAUUGUCCUUCAUUUGCUUUACAAGUUCUUAUUGAUUUUCUUCUGAGUUUGUCCAUUUUAGGUAAUUGAAAACUUUCACAUUAUUUAUAUGCAUAUUUUCAUUUGGAUUAAAAAAAAAGAUAAAACAAACUGCCAAAAAAUCCCCUAUAAGAUUAGGCAUGAUUUACCACUCACCUAAAUGACCGUGAUUUAUCUAAAGUCUCUCUCGUCGACAGCGAAUUCAACUAGGAUUAUUAUUUACUUCUAACAAAUUUGAAACGUCUCUUCAAUUAAUUGCGUCACAACUCUCAAAACACGUCGCCUUUUUUACUUCUAAUUCUAGCUCAACGUUUUCCCAAUUCCGAAUUCGCUGUCAGCUCCAUCGAGAUCUUGCCAUUGCAUCAGGAUUUUACUAGUUAGGACAUUGUCUGGCAUAAAGCUCAAUGUGCCACCAAAGCUCUUGUCCGUGUGUGACUGUGGAAGAGGAUGUUGCUGCUGAAGAAUGUCUCUUAGUGUAUUGCAAACCUGUCGAAUUGUAUAAUAUACUUCAACGUCGUGCUCAGCACAAUCCUUCAUUUCUUGCCAGAUGCUUGAACUACAAAAUCGAGGCAAAAUGGAAAAGAGUAUUGAUGGAUGAAAAUGUAAUAUUCAACUAUAGGGACCACAACAACCUUCUUAGGAAAACUGAAGUUACAAGACAUUUUUCAUGUCCUUUUUGUUUGGUGAGAUGUGGAAGCUUCAAGGGCCUCCGCUGUCAUUUGAUCACAUCACACGACCUUUUCAAAUGUGAAUUCUGGAUGACUGAAGAGUAUAAAGCCAUUAAUGUCUCUGUCAAAACCGAAGCACUGCUUUCAGAGAGUGAUGCUGAUGCAGUUGAGCUUCGAUUGCAGUCAUUUAGUUUUUAUUCAAGGCCUCGAAAGCGCAAGCGUUUAGAAGAUCCUCUUGAGAAAGGAAAAUAUGUAUUUCCACAUGUCUUGGAGCCAGCCUUGCCUGUUCUGGCCACUGAGAGUAAUGAGGAUACCAUUGCAUGUCCAAUGUCACAUAAUCCAAGAACAGGAGAGUAUUGUUACCUCCAUGACAAUGGAAAUGCAAAUGGCAUGGAUUGUGCGGCAGCCAACGGUAAUCUAGGUGUUCCAGUCGCUAGAGCUCACUCUCUUGAAGAUAUAGACUGUAUUCAAAGUACAUGUGCAGACAAGAAUACGUCUUUGACUCUGCUUCCAGCUGCCAAGUCUAGAAAACUUUCUUCCGAUCGAACAGAGCCUAGAAGUUCUAUCCUCCUGCAGAAGCGACAAUUUUAUCAUUCUCAUAGAGCUCAGCCAAUGACUUUGGAGCAAGUAUUGUCAGACAGGGAUAGCGAAGAUGAAGUGGAUGAUGACAUUUCUAAUCUUGAAGAUAGAAGAAUGCUUGAUGAUUUUGUGGACGUGACCAAAGAUGAGAAACAUCUGAUGCAUCUAUGGAAUUCUUUUGUUAGAAAGCAAAGGGUUCUGGCCGAUGGUCACAUUCCUUGGGCUUGUGAGGCAUUUUUGAGAUUACAUGGCAAAUUGUUUAUUCAGUCCUCCGCUCUUUUCUGGUGUUGGAGGCUAUUUAUGAUCAAACUCUGGAAUCAUGGUCUUCUUGAUGCCUGCACUAUGAACAAUUGCAGCAUAAUUCUAGAGAAAUACCGAGAUGAAGCUUCGAUAAAAGAAGUGCUUGAACAUCAACAAAACUGAGCUGACGGAGAUGAUUUUCGUUGAAACUCAAAGGCAAGUGGAUAUUGCCCUCCGAUCCAUAGGUUCUAGCUUCAUUUAGCAAAGUCGUCAAUGGCUUCCAUUUUGUGCAUUCCCCUAUGAAGGGCGUUGGUGUUUUUAUUAAAUUAUUGAAACUAUGUAAACUCAAAUACUUUUAUAGGAUUAUGUUUCAACUCGUAUGCAAUGAUAUCCUCCUAAAAAGUUUCAUCAUUUUGAUCUUGAUGUACUAAGUUUGAUGAUUUGAUGAAUUUGAUCGGAGGGAUCGUUCCAAAUGAUGUCUCAAGAUUAGUUAGAGACGAGUCUAGAACAAAAUCAAAUGAUGUUGAUAAUAUUUUUAAAUAUGUGUUUAAGGAAGGUUGAACCCAGAGUUGAAUUCA